AGGCAGUGGCUGGUUACGUUCAGUCCAGUUGUUGAGAGCGAGCUCGGAAGAGGAAGGAGUGUGGGUUUUUUUUUUUAUGCGGCUUCUUCAGCGGAGUUCCUCGCACCAGGGUCCGGCCGCUCUCCGUUUUGCCCCCUCCGCGGGUUUUUAUCUUUUUUUUUUCUCUUUGAUCCGGCCAUCUAAGCACCGAGAAAACUGACGGGCCUUUAGGGAAGUGUUUGUCCCCCUCCCCGCCCUGCCCAAAGGAUAGACCUUCUUUUCUUUUUUUCCGGACAUUCUUUAUCAAGCCGCCAAAGUGGAGAGUGCGAUUGCAGAGGGGGGUGCUUCUCGUUUCAGUGCUUCGUCGGGUGGAGGAGGUAGGGGUGCCUCUCAGCACUAUCCCAAGACUGUCGGCAACAGGUUGAAAGCUGUGAUCUACUGGGUUUUGCCAGGAUUUUGAUUGGGUGCAAUUUCCCUCCCCCCCCAAGAGAAGAUCGACUGAGAGGCCCAAACGCUCCCACUGCCCAGCUGCUAACGCUCAGGUGUAUUUCUGGAAUACAUCUUGGCGUCCUGCAGUUGCAUGCAGCGUUCGCUAGGGGGAGCGGACUCGGCGGGUUGUGCGCCUGUAUCGCACGGUAACCCAGCCUCGAGGAAAAACUGCGAGUACCUGGGGAAAACCCCAGGGCCUGGCGUUCAAAGAUGGGUUCCUUCACGAAGCACUAAACGAGAUGUCAACUCCACAAACAACUCCGCAAAUACUGCGCUCAGCUCCUCAAGUGAGAAAGAACGGCACGAUGCAAUCUUUAGGAAAGUGAGAGGCAUCUUAAACAAGCUUGCUCCUGAGAAGUUUGACAAGCUAUGCCUUGAGCUCCUCAAUGUGGGUGUAGAUUCCAAACUCAUCCUUAAAGGAGUCAUACUGCUGAUUGUAGACAAAGCCCUUGAAGAGCCCAAGUACAGCUCACUCUAUGCUCAGCUAUGUCUGCGAUUAGCAGAAGAGGCACCAAACUUUGACGGUCCAUCAGCUGAUGGUCAACCAGGGCAGAAGCAAAGCACAACGUUUAGACGCCUCCUAAUAUCAAAGCUUCAAGAUGAAUUUGAGAACAGAUCCAGAAAUGUUGAAGUAUAUGACAAGCGGGACAGCCCACUCCUUCCUGAGGAAGAGGAGCAGAGAGCCAUCGCUAAGAUUAAGAUGCUGGGAAACAUCAAAUUUAUUGGGGAGCUUGGCAAACUUGACCUCAUACAUGAAUCUAUCCUUCAUAGGUGCAUCAAAGCACUUUUGGAAAAGAAGAAAAGAGUACAACUUAAGGAUAUGGGGGAAGAUUUGGAGUGUCUCUGUCAGAUAAUGAGGACUGUGGGUCCCAGAUUAGACCAUGAAAAAGCCAAGUCCUUGAUGGAUCAGUACUUUGCCCGUAUGUGUGCUUUGAAGACAAGUAAGGAGUUGCCAGCAAGGAUUCGUUUCCUGCUGCAAGAUACUAUGGAGUUGCGAGGAAACCAUUGGGCUCCUCGCAAAGCUUUCAAUGACAAUGGACCAAAGACCAUCACUCAAAUCCGCCACGAUGCAGUAAAAGAUCUAGGAGUAUUUAUUCCUGCUCCUAUGUCUCAAGGAAUGAAAAACGACUUCUUUUUGGAUGGACCGUUUAUGCCACCAAGAAUGAAGCUUGACAGGGACCCGCUGGGAGGACUUGCUGAUAUGUUCAGGCAAAUGCCAGGUAGCGGAAUUGGUACUGGUCCAGGUGUUAUACAAGACAGGUUUUCGCCAACAAUGGGACGCCAUCGUUCAAGCCAGCUAUUCAAUGGUCAUGGAGGCCACAUUCUACCUCCUACACAAUCCCAGUUUGAAAUUGGAAGCAAACCCUUCAUGAAGAGCCAGGGGCAAGGCCAACUUUACCAGAGCCAAGGGCUCCUCUCACAGCAAGGACAGUCUAAGGAUAUGCCGCCUAGGUUUAGCAAGAAAGGACUAAAUGCAGAUGAGAUCAGCUUGCGACCUGCUCAGUCUUUCCUAAUGAACAAAAGCCAAGUGCCAAAGCUCCAGCCUCAGACAAUGAUGAUUCCGCCUCGCACUCAAACACCACCCAUGGGGCAGACUCCUCAGCUGGGGCUAAAAACCAACCCACCGCCAAUUCAAGAAAAGCCUGCAAAGAGUGUUAAAAAGCCGCCUCCUUCUAAGGAAGAACUUAUUAAACUCACUGAAGCAUUUGUUACAGAAUACUUGAAUAACGGAAAUGCAGCCGAUGCCAUAAACAGUGUGAAAGAAAUGAGGGCUCCCAAGCACUUCAUUCCCGAAAUGAUCAGCAAAAUAAUCCUCCAAUCACUCGACAGAUCUGAUGAGGAUAAAGAGAGGGCCAGUGAGCUGGUUGGUGUUCUGCGCCAGGAGGGAGUGGCCACCAGUGAACACUUCAUGCAGGCUUUCUUGAAUAUACUGGACCAGUGCCCUAAGCUUGAGGUGGACAUACCUCUUGUGAAAUCCUACCUGGCACAGUUUGCGGCUCGUGCCAUAACUGCUGACCUGGUGAGCCUUUCUGAGCUGGCUCAGCCUCUUGAGAACGGUACCCUCUUUCCUCUCUUCCUGCUCUGCCUUCAGCAAUUGGCCAAGCUUAAAGAUCGGGAGUGGCUAACUGAGCUCUUCCAGCAGAGCAAGAUCAACAUGCAGAAGAUGCUACCAGAAAUAGAUCAGAACAAGGACCGGAUGUUGGAGAUCUUGGAAGGAAAGGGACUGAGUUUCUUGUUUCCACUUAUGAAGCUGGAGAAAGAGCUGCUGAAACAGAUUGAAAUUGAUCCCUCUCCUCAGACCAUAUAUAAGUGGAUCAAGGAUAACAUCUCUCUGAAACUUCAUGUAGAUAAAGGAUUUGUGAAUAUUUUAAUGACCAGCUUUUUACAGUAUAUUUCAAACGAGGUUUGCCCAGAGGAAGAACCUGACCUGUUGGCAGCUCCAUCCAAGGAGCAGCUGGAGCAGGAGAAGCAGCUGUUGCUUGCUUUCAAGCCAGUAAUGCAGAAGUUUCUACACGACCAUGUUGAUCUGCAAGUCAGCGCCCUGUAUGCACUCCAGGUGCACUGCUGUAGCAAAAUCUUUCCAAAAGGCAUGUUACUGCGGUUCUUUGUCCAUUUCUAUGACAUGGAAAUCAUCGAGGAAGAAGCCUUUUUGGCAUGGAAGGAAGAUAUUACACAAGAGUUUCCAGGGAAAGGAAAAGCUUUAUUCCAGGUGAACCAGUGGCUGACCUGGCUGGAAACUGCAGAGGAGGAAGAAUCUGAGGAAGAAGCAGACUAAAGAACCCCAACGGAAGCCUUAAAAUUGUGCAAACACUGUUGCUGUGAUGUAACUGCGUUAUAUAUAUUUCUUUUUUGACCUAACCACUGCGAAAAUUCAUUCCGCUGUAACAUUUUCGCAAUAUUCAAUGCAGAGGCACGUCUGUAGGAUUUCUCCUGCAUAAGGUUUUAGUGUUAACGUCUUAAUCCUAGUCGGCCAUCUGAUAUUUUAGCAUUUUUUUUUUUUUUUCCAUGUUUAGACCAGUAUAUUGGCAGCAUGCAAUAGUGACAUCAUAUGUCCUGGAAUGGGAGUGGCCUAUUGCAAGGACUGACCCGGCCGCCACUUUCCUUAGGCCGUUAGACAAAAUAAAGCAAAAUCUAGCAACACUGAAUACUGUAGAGAUACUAGAGUCGUUGCAAUAUUCUCCGUUUGGUUGUUACAGACUCUUUAACUGUAAGUGAUGGUUGUUGCCGUAAUAGUAUAUUUGCCUGUAUUUCUACCUCUAGUCAUGGGCUUUCGUGCUAGAUUUUAAUAUCUCGGAUCCUGGGCGAGUGCACACGUCUUUUUCAAACAAAUGUGGUUUACUUGCAAAAAAAAGAUGACCUAUGCCCUGAAACGCCAUGGUAUUGUGGGUGUGAAAUGUUAACAAAUGGUGAGAAAUCAAAUUGGUCCUUAUUAUAGUAUUGGAAUUAGGUCUACUUAAUUUAUCGAGUCAUGUUCAUGCCCUUAUUUUAUAUACUUGUAUCGAUCAAUAAACAUUGUGAUACUU